UAUAAUUUUGAUUAUUUUGUUGUAGAGGCAUUUAAAUUUAAAAUGUUCAUUAACUAUUUGCUAUAAUUUUAAUAUUAAGUCCUAAAUGAGCUCAAUAAUUAAUGAAAAUUAUGUCUUUGCCCUAUAAAAACCUAAUUUAGUGAUUGCUAUGAGACAAAUAAGAAUGUAUAAAUGGCAAGCAUUGAACAAACAAUGCAUCCUGACAUUACUAUCAGGCCUAGCCAUAGGCUUCACAGUAGCAUAUGUAGCCUUAAGCCAACAAAUAGCUUUCGGCGACCCGCACACCAGCUACGAAAUGGAAUUUCUCGAGGGGCCCACCGUAGAUCCAGGGGCGCACUCGAAAAACGAAGAGUUUCAUUUGCUGGAAGACACAACUGCAGCGGACAAGCUUUACAAAGAUGUUAGGGUGCUGUGCUGGGUCAUGACGGGCCCUAAUAAUCAUGAAAAAAAGGCCAAGCAUGUGAAGAAUACUUGGGGCAAGCGGUGCAACGUUUUGUUGUUUAUGAGUUCGAAAGAAGAUGAAUCUCUACCCUCAAUAGCUCUACCAAUAAAAGAAGGCCGCAAAUACUUGUGGGGCAAAACUAAACGAGCCUUCGAGUACGUCUACAAGCAUUACUUGGACAAAGCCGAUUGGUUUCUGAAAGCUGACGACGACACUUACGUGAUACUAGAAAAUUUGAGAUACAUGCUUAUGCCCUACAGUGCAAACAACUCCAUAUAUUUCGGCUGUCGUUUUAAGCCCUAUGUAAAACAAGGUUAUAUGAGUGGAGGAGCAGGAUAUGUAUUGAGCAGAGAAGCCUUAAAACGAUUUGUUGAGGUUGGUUUGACAAAUAAUGCUACAGGUUGCUCUAAAAGUGAUAAUGGAGCUGAGGAUGUUGAAAUGGGCAGGUGCAUGGAAGCAGUUAAAGUCACAGCAGGCGAUUCCAGAGAUUCAAUGGGCAGAGGCAGGUUUUUUCCUUUUGUUCCAGAACAUCAUUUGAUUCCAGGACAUGUUUCCAAAAGCUUUUGGUACUGGCAAUAUAUUUAUUAUGAGAGUAAAGAGGGCAUGGAAUGUUGUUCUGAUAAUGCCGUAUCGUUUCACUAUGUUACGCCAAAUCAAAUGUAUGUUUUGGAAUAUUUGAUUUAUCAUUUGAGACCUUAUGGUAUAUCGUAUCAAGUUGAUUUGCCUGCUGAUAAAAAAGAAGCAGUGGUUUAAAAAUAUAUUAUAUUUGAACUGGAGGUAAUCCAAAUAACUCUGGCCUCACAUCAUCAAAACAUUCCACUUUCAAUGUAGCUUUGGCCCACUGUUCUUUUGGAACUGUUUCGUUAGGAAUUAGAACCACUUGCAUUCCAGCUGCCAAAGCUGCUUGCAUUCCAUUUGUAGAAUCUUCAAAAACCAAACAUUUCGAUGGGUUUACAGGAAAUUUAGCUGCACAAAGUAAAUAAGAGUCUGGUGCAGGUUUGCCAUGUUUUAUUUCAGGAUCGUUGCCAUAUACAAUGUGUUUGAAUAGUUGGUAAAUUUGUGGGAAUCUUUGCAAUUUUUGUAAAGCGGAUUCUUGAGAUGAAGAAGUGGCUAUAGCCAAUGGGAUAUUGUUGGAGUGUAGAUGUUUUAUCAUUUUUUCAACACCUGGGAUGAGGUUUAGGUUUUUGAAACCUAGUUUAGCGUGUUGCCUGUACUCUUCAAUAAAUUCAUUAUGGGUAGUUUUUAAGUUACGGUAUUUUUUUAACGUAAUUUCAGCUACUUUAGGACUAGGGGUACCGCAUACUGUUGCGUAUAAAUCGUAAUCUGGUUCGAUGCCAUAAGCUACUAGCGUUUUGAUAAAUGCUUCUUCAUAAAUUGGCUCAGUAUCGAAAAUAAUUCCAUCCAUAUCAAAUAUUACGUGAGUAACAGGCUUGAAUUUACACGGGCACUUUUGCAUUGAUUUUGUGAGGUCAAGAAAUUGUAAAUAAUUAUGUCUAGUCUUUUUGUUGCCAAAUAUUCGUACAUGCCAUUGUAGUUUUUAGGAGUUUUGGUGUAAGCUUUUUAAUUUUUUAUACAUUUUAAAUAGAUCUGACAUUUAAUACUCAAGAUUGUCAACCCCCAAAAUGCUCAUAUAUAGAUUGAUAUUAUUGAUUAGAGUUUAAGACAAAAUUAUUCUCUCUUUAGAAU